CCGGAAAUUUCCGCGCGUUAUUUUGAAUACUGCUUUUUCAGCAUAUUGAUGGUAUAUUAUUUAUCUAUCAGAAUAAUGCAUUAAGAUUGUCAUAUUUGAUUUCGUCGUUGGUUCCCUGAAAAGAGGGGUUUAAAGAUGGAGGAGAGGGAAAGGGGUGUAUUGAGGAAGAGUAGGAGCAUAUUUACACGUGACCUCGUGGAUCUGGACACAGUAUGUGACCGACUUUAUCAGAGAGAGGUCCUCAGUGAAGGAAUGAAGAAUGAUAUCUUGUCUGAGAAGACCAGGGAAAACCAAGUGAGAAAACUUCUGGACAUCAUUCCAAAGCGAGGCAAAAGAGCAUACGGGGCUUUCUUUGACGUUCUGGAGGAGACUUUUCAGCACAACCUCUCAGACAUUCUCUAUCCAGGGGGCAAGAAAGAUUUAAUUGAAAACAGGAAGUCUGAAAGGUUUCCUUUCAUAAAGAGUGCGUCGGCGACAGUGGAACCAAACAGAGAAAUUGUGAAACCCCCGCUGAUGCGGAGUAUGUCAGCAGAAGUUAGGCGAGAACCCGUGGAAUCGAUCAGCGAGUUUCAGGAACAGUCCUUUACGUGUGAGCUACCCCUGGAGGAAAAAGAUUUCCAGAACUUAUCCAUUGUAGACGAAGAGUUCAUCUUACCAGAGAAAUGGCCUUCAGAAACGGAGCAUGCCCAGUCAUUAAAUUUCAAAGUCCACAGAUCUCGAAGUUCAUCAGCUCUUUCUAGCCUUAAUGUGUCCCCUAAGUCGGAGGUCUAUCCUAUGGUGAAGAAACCUCGGGGAAGAUUAGUCAUCAUCAACAACUUCAAAUUUGGCAGACAGGAAGUGGACGUAGAGAGAAUGGGGAGAUCCCAACAAGAUGCCACCAGUUUGGAUUUGCUCUUCAAACAACUUCAUUUCCAAACAAAACAACACAGCAAUCUAACAUUAGAGAAACUUUCUGCCGUACUGGAGAAGGAGCGAACAUGUGACCACGCCUCACUUGAGUGUUACGUAAUGGUCGUUAUGUCACGUGGUGACGGAGAUCACAUCUAUGGUGUGAAUGGUUAUAAGAUAUGUAUAGACACCAUCAUUUCAAUGUUUGACGAUGAACAUUGCAGCAGUCUAAGAGGGAUUCCGAAGAUAUUUAUUUUCCAAGCAUGUGAUGAUGCAAAAUCCAAAUCAGUGGAUGAAAUAAAAACGGCUACCGAGAACCUGACAUCUAUGGUAUCUUCUUCAACAACGUCUGACCAAGCUGUGAACAUGAGGGCCGACAUGUUCGUUGUUAGGGCAACGCAAGAUGUGGAAGUGGAUUAUCAUGGCGUAUUUGGCUCCAGAUUUAUACAAUCUUUUGUAUAUCUUAUGCGCAACUUAGCAUUCAAAGAAGACUUCGAAGAAAUUGUUAAAAAGAUAAAUCUUCUGAAUUCGGUCAGUGAGCCAGAGAUAGUGGAAUAUGCCAGUUCAUUUUCAAGAAAAUUGUUUUUUAAUCCUUGACCAUUUACAAACUGAGACAGAGGAUAUGCUUUAUGUAUUUUAUUGGAGUGAAUGAUUUGGUGUGUUGUGACUUCAAUGAAUUUUACGUCCAUACAGACUAUGCACAUCACAGUUUUAUACUACUAAGUGCAAUAUCAUUUUCCUUUUAUUUAUAGGUAUCUCUCAAACAGUAUUUUACAAUUAAAUGAAAUUGUAGCAAAAGA